AACAAUUUCAUCAAGAAUCUGUCUUCUCAGAAUCUUCAUCUUUACUGAUUACAAUGGCAUAUUCUGGGAGCAGCAAGACGAGAAAAAGGCGGAAUGGGGGUGAAUCAGUGGAGGAGAUGUUGUUAAGAUGGAAAGCUUUGAACAAUGAAGCUGCAACUAGUAAUAGUUCUGCAACUGCACCAGAUGGUGCUAGGAAGAAGAAGAGGAAGUUUCAGGCUAAGGGAUCGAGAAAGGGGUGUAUGCGCGGGAAAGGUGGACCGGAGAAUUCAGGGUGCAGCUAUAGGGGUGUUAGGCAGAGGACUUGGGGGAAGUGGGUUGCAGAAAUCCGGGAACCGGUUUCUGCAACCGAUGAAUGUAACAGUGAAAGGCACCGUCGUAGAUUUUGGCUGGGAACGUUUUCCACAGCUGUUGAAGGUGCCCUUGCUUAUGAUAUGGCUGCACGGGUAAUGUAUGGCCCGAACGCCAUACUUAACUUCCCCGGCGCAUUCUUGCAGAAUGCAUCGGGUGGUGGUUUGAGGGUAAACUAUGAGGGGGAAUCCUCAGCAGCAUCUGUCAACAAUGAUGUUCCUAAGGAUGUUUCUAAAGCACAGGAAUUAAAUGUUUUGAGAAGAAAUGAUUCUAGUUCCCCAAUUUGCUCAACUGGGGAAUCAAGGGUUGUUCCCAUAGUAAAAGAAUUAGAGGAUCUUGUUGAACCUGAGCUGCCAGCAUAUUCUUAUGUUAAAAAGGUUAAUGAUGAUAUCACAGAGCUUGAAGAUUCAAAGCUCUUUAAUGGCUCCAAUGGAGCCAAUAUAUCAUGUAAUGUAGAUGCAGGAAUGCAGAAUAUAGAGACUAAAGUGGAUGCAGAAGAGCGACGGCUGGAUUUCAACUGUUCAGAAUACGAAAGAUCAGAUGAUAAAAGGUUUAGCCAGGACGAGAAUCGGGAUUCAGAUGAGCGAAAACCUGAGUUGCAGAGCCAACUCGACUACUUUCUGAAAAUUUUGUUGGAAGACAAUCAUUCUACAGAAAAUAUGAACAUAUCAGAAACCUUCAGCUUAAUGGAGAACCAUGAAGGAAGCGACUUUUUCAAGAACCUCUUAAAAGAAAGUUUCAGUAAGGAUCCAAUACUUGAGCUCAACACAGAUGACACAGAAGUGAAACAAGAUGGAAAGGAUGAACCGAGCAACCAUUCUACCCUAGUGGAUUGAUUAUACAAGGAACUAGCUUCCAUCCGACUAUUACUAUCAUAUAAACAAAAAGCGUGGAAAACACCCUGCAGAACCAACAAUCACAAGAAACUACUAUGGUGCGACAUACCUUGGUAGCCAUGGCGGAAGUCAAGAUGUUCCAAUAACACAGAUCAUAUGGAUGCAGUGCACUGGAAUUCUCUCCCCUGUAGUAAGAUUAUAACUUGCAAAUUUUCAAGAUAUUAGUGUAUUAGGUAAAUCGAUUUUAUUAUACAAUAGACUAAGUUUUGUGAAAGUAUAUACUAUAUAGUAUGUUGAUUAUUAAAAAAGAAGAGACAGAAGAAUAUUGAUUAUUGACAAGACUUUAUGCAUUGUUGUAAGUAA